GGAUCCCUGUUCAUUCAUACCGCCGACCUGGAUUAUCACGACACAAAUAAGAGGCUCCUCCACCGGGGACUUCACAAGACGUUAGAAGGAAUACUUCGGACCUUCAGUUCCGUCAUUUCCUACCACAAGAGAGAAACGUCGACACAAGACGCCGGUCAAACGAUGAAAAUGUCCGCGUCCGAGAUCUGCAAGGUCCUGAAGGAGGGCGAGUUGGAGAAGAGGAGCGACAACUUGCUCCAGUUCUGGAAGAGGAAGACGUGCGUCCUGACCGCGGACAGCCUGAGCAUUUACGCCGACACGCAGAAGAAGACGAAGGGCAAGGAGCUCAAACUCCAGACCAUCAAGAAGGUGGACUGCGUGGAGCGCACGGGGAAGUUUGUCUACUUCACCAUCGUCACCACGGAUGACAAAGAGAUCGACUUCAGGUGCUCCGGUGAGGAUGGCUGUUGGAACGCGAUCAUUACGAUGGCACUCAUAGACUUUCAGAACAGGAAAGCCAUUCAGGACUUUAAAACACGACAGGACCCGGAGAGUUCAGCUCCAACACAGCAGGAGAGGCGAAUGGGUCGGGCACCAUGAACAACACUCUGAAAGAUUGUUUCUUUUGACUUGUUAAAACCGAACCGGACCAUGAUGAAGCUGGACCAAGCGGAAUCUUCUCCAUCCAGACUGAAGAUGGCCAGUUCCGGAGGGCGCGCGGCGCGCCACCCGCGUGCCAUGAGUCUCGGGCACGGGACACUAAAGAAUGCGACCUCAGUAUCUACGAAACUCUCAAGACUGAAUCUGUGGACAUUUCUUUAAGUAUUUCAAAACCUUUGUAUGGAGGAUCACCCCACGCAACAAAACCCACAAAUGGCCGAUACGGACUAAUGUAUGUCUAGCGUGGUUAAAAAGGAUGUUAAGUUAUUUUUACGUGCUAUUUUAUGUAUUUAUUUAAUAAAUAUUGCCCGUUUGAAAUAAUCACUGACUGUGUGGUGAAUUCUCAUAAUUCUGGGAAUGUCAUGUCACAUCGUAGGCUACCGGUUAGAAAUAGAGAAGCUCUCUGUUCUGGCUAAUGGUGUAUGAAGAAAAAGGGAUGUGAAGCACUAUAUCGCAUUUUCAGUUCUGAACAUGGGCCCAUAGUAGAUAGUUAGGACUAUGAUUAAGGAAACAUAACAAAUUCCAGCACUUUCAUUAAAGCGCAGUUUGUUUCAGAAAAAAGAGAUAUUUUAAAAUGUUUCCUCAAAAGUCUUUGGAAGAGAAGAGAAGAGAAGAGAAUGGAAUGGCUUUUAUUUUGCCUUAAUAUAGCCUAGUAGACUGAAAACCUUGUACAACGGUAUAACUAACUGUUCAUAACACUGAACAGGAGCUAUUGCAGAGUAGAUAUGCUAUUUAAUGGCUGUGGAAGUUGAUUAAUUAUCAUACUUGUUUUAACCAAUCUCUAAAAGUCUUCAAACGUUUUAGUCUAAAUUAGUCUUUAGAAGAGUCAGUCUAAAAGAGUUUUUUCUGAGCAGGGGGCAUCCACUCCACUCCAACACCAGUGCCUCUGCUCUCCAUGUCAUUGCCAAUGCUAAUCAUUAUCUAAUCAGAACCAAAAAAAAUACAAUUAAUUACAGGCAAAUUACAUUGAAAACCCAUCUCAUUAUUCAGCCAUUGUUUCUUAAACAACUACAAGCUAUAGGGAAGGCAAUGCCAUGUAUAUAAUGCAACAUAUCCUGACCUGUUGUCAUAUAGGCCUAAUGUAAUGCCAAGUAGGCUUAAUAGGGUAUGUAGGUUUAGUGAAAUUAGUGUGUCUGCCGAGGUGUGCGGGUUGAUGAGGAGAGUCUUGUCUGUCUCUCACUGUCUGCAGUGAGGAUGUUAGGCAAGAGUGAUGGAGAAUCACAGUAUUUCCAGUGAGGACUUUAAGGCCAUAGUGAAGUCAAUGCAAUUACAUCAUAUCAAAUCAAUUCAAUUCAAAAGUUCUUUAUUGGUAUGACACAUUUUCUGGCAUUUGUAUGGCCAAAGCAAUAGUAAUCAGGGCCCUACAUUAACUUUUUUCAUCACCUGCCAAAAUGGCUAGUAGAUGUUUAUCUUACCAGCCAAAUAUGCUCUCACUAAUAACUCAAAGUGGCUAGUAAGUUGGUCUUUUGUACCGGCCAAACAGAAAUUUCACCAGCAUUUGGCCAGUUGGCUGGUAUUAAUUUAGAGCCCUGAUAGUAACGUGGGCUAUCCAGUGAGGAUCAUAGGGUCAAAGUGAAGCCUCGCUAUAUCUCUGGUGUGAGGAGGGCAGACGGUGGCCUUUGCCAUGGUGGCCACGGUGGUCUUUGAAGAGGGAUCAGUGGCAUCCGAGCACAAUGAGCAUCAAAGCUGCCGCGCGCCUUAGCUCAGCUAGCGACGCCGCCUCAGCUCAGCGCCUGUUAGUGUCUAUAAAUACAGCUGCUGCUAAUUUGCUCCUGUGCUACACCGCUAGUUGCUGUACCGGACGUCCUCUGGCCUGACUGACCACAGUGUAUUGUGAGGUGCAAGGGUGUGUGUGUGGUGA